AUGGAGCCAAAUAAUCUAUAUACUCUUGAAUGGGCGAAUGACAGUCAUUUAUCAGAAAUUUUAUCUUUCUUACACGAAAAUUUUGAUAAGGAAGAGAUUAUGUUGAAAAGUCUGAGAGAUAAUAAUUCUAUAACAGUUGAAGAGAAGGAUUCAAUGAAAAUCGACCAUGAACGAUUAAUACGUGCGAUUUUCAAAUUUUCACCAUGUAUUAUAGCGAUCGAAAAAUCAUUAAAAAAGAUCAUUGCUAUAAAUCUAAUGUUAGUUAGUAAAAAUUCAAAAUUUCAAAAUGAUGGCACUGAUGGGGUUUCUGCGGCGUUUACUAAUAAUCCUCCUACAAAUAGAUUAAUGAAACAAUAUUUCAAUUAUUUAUCCGAAAUCAGUGAAAAGGCUGAUUUAUAUGGAAAAUUUCCAGAUUCUAAAGUAGCCGUGGAAUUUUAUGCAAUUGCCGUGGAUAAGAAUUAUCGUAGGAAGGGACUUUCAAAAUCCCUAAUGGCUGCAGGAAUUUCUUUCGCAAAAAAUACCAUUCCGAAUGUAGGAUUCAUAUUUGGAGUAUAUACAUCUUUGUAUUCAAAAAAAGCGGCGGAAAAAUUAGGUUUGAAAAGCGUAAUGGAUGUGGAUCUUUUGAAUUACAGAGAUGACGAUGGACAACCUAUAUUUCAAGAUACUCCUCCGCAUAAUAUUGUUUCUGUUAUGGUUUUACAAGUUACAUAAAAUUUUUCCAAAAUUCCAUAGUGAUUUAUAUUCUCUUUGUAAAUAUAUACAUGAUAUUAAAUAUACAUUAAAAUAGAAAUUCUUUGUUU